AGGUGACGCCCCGAAAGUAGCGACGUCACGCUGUACCCCUUGGUUGUAGCAUGCGCAAUGACGCUUGUUGUUGUUGAGCUGGUUGUUAUGGCUGGACAAGGCCUUGGUUUGAACUGAUAGUGGACCCGAGGAUCCCCUUCCUCUUCCCCGCACCACCCCGUCUCCGCCGCGGGACCCCCGCCAUCCAUGGAGUGCACGGACAUGGACGUGGACGCCGAGCUCAUGCAGAAGUUCAGCUGCAUGGGCACCACGGACAAGGACGUUCUCAUCUCUGAGUUCCAGAGGCUGCUGGGCUUCCAGCUCAACCCAGCCGGUUGCGCGUUCUUCCUGGACAUGACAAACUGGAACCUUCAAGCUGCUAUCGGUGCAUAUUAUGACUUUGAAAGUCCUAAUAUCAACACGCCAUCCAUGUCCUUCGUUGAAGACGUGACCAUUGGGGAAGGAGAGUCGGUUCCUCCGGAUACACCCUUCACAAAGACGUGGCGAAUACAAAACACAGGUGCCGAAUCAUGGCCAUCUGGCGUUUGUCUAAAAUACAUCGGCGGGGAUCAGUUUGGACACCUAAACACAGUUAUGGUGAAGUCUUUAGACCCUCAAGAAAUUGCUGAUGUCAGCGUACAGAUGAGAAGUCCCAUAUCGUCAGGCAUGUACCAGGGACAAUGGAGGAUGUGUACAGCCAGCGGAUUAUUCUAUGGAGACGUCAUAUGGGUGAUCCUCAGUGUGGAAGUGGGCGGCCUCCUCGGGGUCACCCAGCAGCUCUCUUCCUUCGAGACGGAGUUCAACACGCAGCCGCAGCGUAACGUGCAGGGAGACUUUAACCCUUUCGCCUCACCGCAGAAGAACAAGCACGACGCCACAGACAACAGCUUCAGAGAUCCCGGCGGGACUUGGGAUCACACGCAAGAGCCCAUCCAGCAGGAUCAAAACGGACUGUCUCAUAAUGCUGUAAAUAGAGCAACAAAUGGUCUACAAGCCAAUCUUUCCAUGGUCACAUACGGUCAGGGUAUUCAUGGACCCUAUCCAUUUGGCCAGAGCUAGAACGUAACAAACCAUCCCCCGUUUGGACACUGAGCCUAAAAACAUGCUGGGAGCCCUUCAUUUCCAACAGGUCUGACUCCUGGGAUGGAGGAACAGUUGUUUUAUAUUGACUCGUGACAACCCUCUCCCCAUCCUGUGGUCCUGAACACACAUGCUACACCGGCGAUGCCAUGGAUUUCUGCAUCAGCAAAACAUCUCACGAUAUCAGCACGCAUGUGUGAAUGCUUCAUUUACGCAUUCUGUAAACCUUUUCAAACACCUGAUUUUUGAUGGAAUCUACAGUCACUUUACCCGCCGCGGUCGGGAUUCCUACACUGGGUAAGAAACGUGCAAUUCCGAGGCCUUACAAGCACCGAAAAGAAGCUCCAAAAUUACCCUUUUUACGUGCUGUUUGGGAACGGAGACCUCUUAAUGCAGCUUCUAUUUUGACUUCAGUGAUGUAGCACAAAGCACUUGCUUUUUUUGAUGUUGUCAUAGAGUAUCCCAAAAUAUUCAGUCCUCCAUUUGUGCCAAAAAUCCAACUUUGUUCAUUCAAUGACAUUCUAGCUGUUCAUUUAGACACAUUAAUACAUUCUUAAAAACUGUAAUGACACAUAACUCAGGUGGGGAGUUGUAACUCACCCUCACGUGAAGUGACUGCAUGAGGUAACGUCCCAUUGUUUCACCUAGUAAUAACAGUAUUGCCACUUGACAUGUUACCUCUUCGGGUAACUGCACACAUGAUCUCUUCCUUCUGAAUUACAGAAUGGCUUGCAUCAAAUAUAAGCAUGUAAACCGUUUCAAAAUGACUGUUGUCAUGCGCCCAGUCAAUAAAACAGUGGUCUCUCAUGACAAUGUGACUAGAAACCCUUCAAAAUCUCAUAUAACCUGUAAAUAUAGAAUUUAAGCAGACAUUGUAGGAAAUGCAUCCAAAACAUUUUUGACGCACCUUAAACACGAAUAUGAACUUUUCUGCAUAGAUUUGCUUGACAACCUGCAUUGUCUGUUACACGUGACACCAGAUGAAAUAGGAACAAAGAUUCUGCCCUGAAUGAAUUUACAAAUUUCACCCAUAUCUAUUCUAGGUGAAUUUAAGUAUUGUGAUUGAUGUUCCUCUAUGAAUUCAACAGUAAGCGCCGUGUGUCAUUUAUUCCCUCUGUCUUAUGCUGUAAAGCUUUUCAGUCAUUUUUCAAGAAUCGCCAAAAGGUUCGCCCCAGUGUAGGAACCUCGUGCCAUUCUCCCAAAGACAAACACUAAAGUCACCACAGGUCCAGGUCACGUUGCACGAGGGUUGUGAUUUUAUUUUAUUUUUUGCUUUAUGAAGUGCAAGUGGAGCGUUGAAGAGGCGAUGAAAUGUUGACAAAGCCAUUUACAAUCUAUUUUCUUUUCUGAGUUUGGGAACUGUUGUGUAUGUGCGCUUGUGUGCGUGUAUGGUUUUUGCUUUACACAUGACUGGAGGUGGUGUAUACUCGUUGGGGUUUAAGAUGCAGAAGCGCUGACUCAUCCUGAUUUAAGUUGCCAUCACACUAUCCAACCAACAGGUGGUGCUAAACAGUCAAACAUUCUCUGUAUAUUCUCAGCAACGAUGGUGCUGCUGUGUUACUGCUGUCACUACUUUUAUUUCCUCUCGUGUCCCGAUCGGUUCUUUUAAAGAGCAUUUUAUUCAGACAGCGGAUUUGAUUGUGUAUUUCUGGGUUUUCCAAAAGGGGUAAAUUAAAUGUUUGGAGAUGAUUUUAGUCUUAGCAGCGUGGUGUGCUGCAGGUUGUGUGUUUGUAUUCAGAGUCAGCUGAACGUCCUCCCAAACAGUAUACACUCUUCUGUUGUCAUAAGUUUCUGGUGAAUGUUUUUAUGCGACAGACAGACAGAGAGAGAGAGAGCGAGAACAUGGUGAUGGACUUUCAUUAUGAGAAGGGGGUGAGCGAGUGAACGUUUGUAUAGGCUGGAAAUGUAUCUGAAACAAAAUGUUGAAAUAAAAGUUGUUUUCCUCCCUGUGUUUGUAUGAUGAAAUGAACACUGAAA